AUGCCUCAGGAACAGUACACGCACCACCGGAGCACCAUGCCCAGCUCCGAGGGGCCGCAGGUAUAUAAAGUGGGGAUCUAUGGCUGGCGGAAGAGAUGCCUGUACUUCUUUGUCCUCCUCCUGAUGAUUUUAAUACUGGUGAACUUGGCCAUGACCAUCUGGAUUCUCAAAGUUAUGAACUUCACAAUUGAUGGAAUGGGAAACUUGAGAAUAACUGAAAAAGGUCUAAAGCUAGAAGGAGAUUCAGAAUUCUUACAACCUCUCUACGCCAAAGAAAUCCGGUCACGGCCAGGUAAUGCGCUCUACUUCAAAUCUGCCAGAAAUGUUACAGUGAACAUUCUCAAUGACCAGACUAAAGUACUAACUCAGCUGAUAACAGGUCCAAAAGCUAUAGAAGCUUAUGGGAAAAAGUUUGAAGUAAAAACAGUCUCUGGAAAAUUGCUCUUCUCGGCGGAUGACAACGAAGUGGUAGUAGGAGCUGAGAGAUUAAGAGUUUUAGGUAAGGAUAGU